UUCACACCUCCUUCCUCACUCACAUCAAAUAUAACCCAUCAAACCUCCCUAUAGACUACCCAAGUAAGAUCAAACAAAUCAAUCAACCAAAUCUUGAUCCGAUUCGUUUGAUCUCUUCGAGUUUGUGCACUUCGUGAAUCUAAAAUCACCAACCAUGUCAAAACCCUCAUCAUCCAAACUAAUCUUCUUCAAACACCUUCAUCUCCACCGAUCAAAACCCUCAUCCCCAACCCCAAUUCCAUCAACACCCAUUUCCCAAAUUCUCACCAAAAACCCCAAAUUAACCCCAUGGAUCCCAUCUUUUUACAAACCCCACUUGCCAAACGGUCCAAGUUCCAAACUUUUUCAAAACCCAUCUCGGAAACCACCCAUGGAUACCUGUUUGACCCGGGGUUUCGUCGGGUUUAGGUACAUUUCGGGUCCGGGUUCGGGUCUUGGUGGGAAAGUGGAUGUGGGUUUGUUGAAGAGUAAGGUUAAGGAGCCUGUGAGGGUGGUGAAGAAUGGGUUUAAUAGGUAUAAGCAGGCUGUUGGGUUGCAGAUUGAGGCGUUUUGGAGGAGGAAUAGUUUGGUUUUGGUGGGUGCUGGUGGGGUUUUGGUGUGUAUUUUGCUUUGGAGGGUUAUGUUUGGGAUUGCUAAUACUUUUAUUGGGUUGAGUGAGGGUAUGGCUAAGUAUGGUUUUCUUGCUCUUUCGUCGGCUAUCGUCGCGUUUUCUGGAUUGUAUCUUCGUUCAAGAUUCACAAUAAAUCCUGACAAGGUUUAUCGGAUGGCAAUGAGAAAACUUAACACGUCAGCUAACAUACUUGAAAUUAUGGGUGCUCCGCUCACUGGAUCGGAUCUAAGAGCGUAUGUGAUGUCGGGAGGUGGUAUAACGUUGAAAAACUUCAAAGCCGGGCUCAGGAGCAAAAGGUGUUUUCUUAUUUUUCCAAUACGAGGUGCAGAAAUGAAGGGGUUAGUGAGUGUUGAAGUCAAGAACAAAAAAGGCAAGCAUGAUAUGAAGCUGCUAUCAGUGGACAUUCCAAUGGCAAGUGGACCGGAUCAGCGUUUAUUCCUGAUUGGAGACGAAGAAGAAUACAGGGUCGGUGGCGGAUUGAUAUCAGAACUAAGAGAUCCCGUGGUUAAAGCAAUGGCAGCCGCUAAGGAAUUUGAAGCACGCGACAUAAUAGAGGACAAAGAAGAUGCCCAAAAAGAACUCGAGGACGCAGAGAGAAAACAUCGUGAAGAACUUGAAAAGAUCGAAAGAGAGGGUUCAUAGUGAUCCCUUUUUCUCUCGCCAAAUUUGUUGUUUUUUCAUCUUAGUUUUGCAACCAGCUGUUCAUACUUGAUAGAUGACGGCCGAAUUGAAUCAAGUCGAGUCGGGAAUGUUGUUGGGAUAUAUUGAAAGAUCAUCGGGUUUGGCCCGACGGGCAAAAAUAAGUUUGAAGUUGGCUGCAUCACAGAUUUGGCUGUCAACAUGUUGGUUUGUAUGAAAAUGGACAACUUUUUGGCAAGAUUUAAGUGCUAACAUGACUUUUUUAACAAU